CGUGAUGAGCUCAAUCGUGAUUUCUCCGCCGCGCCGAAGUUGGAAAGUGCCGGAUAGUGAAGUGAAGUGAUAGAGACCCCCGAAUCCUUGAGAGGAUUCUUACAACCCCUGCAAAAUGUCUUCCCUAACGAACGCCUCCGUUUUGGCCACCGCUGCCGCCGCCGUAGUUCCGGACUCUCAGUUUGUGUUCAACUCCACGGAUUACGCGGUCUUCGCCCUCAUGCUCGGCAUCUCGGCUUCCAUUGGUGUAUAUUUCGGAUUUUUUGCUAAGGGUGCGGACACCACCGAGGAGUAUCUGAUGGGUGGCAAGCGUAUGAAGACGAUUCCCAUUGCCAUUUCCCUGGUGGCCAGCCAGUUGUCCGCCAUUUCUAUCAUGACCAUACCGGCUGAGAUGUAUGCCUUUGGGAUAAAUUGGUUCUUCAAUGUGGUUUGCAUGAUUGUGGUGGUGCCGCUGCUAAAUUACGUGGUCAUUCCGGUUUUCUACAACAACAAUAUUACGAACUGCUACGAGUAUCUGGAGAUGCGCUUUAGCCGGAAAGUGCGAGUCCUGCAGACUUUUAUCUUCAUAAUGACGAUGUUCUUCAUGCUGCCCAUCUUUAUCUUCCUGCCUUCUUUGGCCUUUGCUCAGGUGACUGGCUUCAAUGUGCACAUCAUCAACACUGUGGUGUGCGGAAUCUGCGUUUUUUACACUAUGUUUGGCGGCAUCAAGGCUGUGGUUUGGACGGAUGUCAUCCAGGCAGCAAUUAUGGUGGUCUCUGUGGUAUUGGUAGGCGUGAUGGGUGCCAAUCGCGUGGGAGGCCUGUCCGAGGUCCUGCGCAUUGCCGGCGAGGGAGGACGCCUGGACAUCAACUUCAACUUUGAUGCCACCACACGCUCCACAAUCUGGAAUAUAUUCAGCUCGGCCACUUUGAUGUGGGCAGGUUAUGUGGGUCUCAACCAGAGCUGCGUGCAGAGGAUAGUGUCACUGCCCUCCUUGGGGCAUGCCAGGAGAUCCCUUGUGCUUUUUGGCUGUGGCUUCAUCCUCAUCAUGUUCUUCAACUGCUUCACGGGCAUUGUGAUGUACGCUCGGUUCCAUGACUGCGAUCCCAUUGAGUCCGGUCACGUGUCCAAGGUGGACAAGAUGGUUCCCUACUUUGUCCAGGACACCGUUGGACAUCUCUGGGGCAUGCCGGGAGUGUUCAUCUCCUGCGUUUUCAGUGCCGCCCUCAGCACCCUCUCGGCCAGCAUUAAUUCCUUGGGCGGCGUGGUUUACUUCGACUACAUUAAGCCCCACAUCCGCCACACGGAGCACAAGGCCAAUGUGAUCAUGAAGCUGUUCGUCCUUUUUGCGGGCAUCUACUGUAUCUUUGGCGGCAUGGUGGUGGAGAAGUUCAACUCGAUUCUGCAGGUGAUCUACUCGAUCGGAGGCGUUAGCUUUGGCUCCACCUGUGCGGUUUUCCUACUGGGAAUGCUGGUGCCGAGAUCACAUGGGAAAGCUGCCUUGACCGGAGUGAUAACCAGCAUAGCCAUCAUGUCCACUAUUGUAAUCUGCAGUUGGGGACGAAACCAUUACGAUACUCUGCCCAAAACCACCGAGGGUUGUCCAGCUUCCUCUGUGAAUGAAACCCUGACCAGCACAGCUGCUUCUCUGCAGCUCAGUUCCACUACGGAAGCCCCCCUUAAGGAUGAGGGUUUCAGCAUUUUAGAUCUUACCUUCAACUGGUAUGUGGUGGUGGGCUUCAUCCUCACCUGGCUGGUUGCCAUUCCUCUGAGCUUUAUCCUGAAGCCAAAGUCGGACUACAAGCUGGAUCCCAAGCUGCUCUCGCCGGUGGUGCAGCCCUUCGUCAACUAUGAAUUGGCCCAAGGCGAGGAGCCGCACGAACUGAAGCUGGAGAAGCCCGAAAAGGUCUGAGAAGGACUAGAAUGAGAUGUGACUGCGACUGUGACAUAGGAUGUGCUUCAUAAGCAUCAGUUUUAAAGAUAUUAUAAGAUAGAAAUCUUUAUUUCAGCUUCACACUAGGGGAUUAUAAUUUAGAAUUUUAAAAGUUCUUUGUUGUUAAUAUGAUUUGUGUGUAAUUUUAAUAAAAAGAAUUAUAAAAUAAAAAAAAUGUAUGGAAAUCAAAUUAAAAAAA